AUGGCGAGCUGCUGUAUCGUCGCCCCUCUAAAAGGCCCUGCUCCGGUCAAGGCAGAAGAUGGCAGAGGAUGGACAGACGGCGAGAGAGAUGAAGGAAGGGUUGAAGCUGACCAGAUGGACGAGACUCGCGACAGGUCGGUCGGUGGUGGAGGCGAAGUUGGUGGCCCGCCCCUGGUGCUUUGGAGGGGGACUGCCGGACACUUCUGGGGUCUGGUAUUGGAUUUCUUUGUGCUUCUGCCACUUGUUCUUGCGGCCGGGAACUUGCCGGGACAAAUCAAGUCGGACCAACCAACAUCCAUUGUCAAGAUCGAUUGA